AUGUCCUCGGUCCCCUCGUCGGCGCCGGCGGUGAUACAGCUGCCGCCUCUUAUCGACUGCCACGUGCACUUCCGCGAGCCUGGCCUCGAGCACAAGGCGAACAUCGCCACUGAGAGCACCGCCGCGUACCACGGCGGCAUCACCGCAGUCUGCGACAUGCCCAACACCAUCCCGCCGACGCAGAGCAUUGCCGCGUUGGCGGACAAAGUGGCGCGCGCCAAGGCCACCGCCCACACCCACUGCCACCUCUUUUUCUUCUUUGGCGCGACGGCGGAGGCGCACCUGCAGGAGCUCGAGGAGCUCUGGACGAACCCGGCGCACGCGGAGCUAAAGACGCACUGCUGCGGGCUAAAACUUUACCUCGACAACUCCACCGGCAACAUGAAAUCGAGCCAGCCUGUCGUGGAGAAGAGCUUCGAGACGUGUGGGCGACUUCAGAUCGUUCUCGUCACCCAUUGUGAGGAGUCGCAGAUCAACGAAGCUGCGGCCGCUCAGCACCCCUAUGAUGGCCCUGCUUCGCACUCACUGCGGCGCCCCGCAGAAUCGGAGGUGGCUUCGGUGCAGGAGGCCAUUGCCCUGGCGCGCAACUACCGCACACCGCUUCACCUUGCCCAUGUCUCGACGGCGCAGAGUCUCGACUUGGUUCGCCAGGCCCGCGCUGCCGACCCGACGCUGCAUCUUACCUGCGAGGUAACCCCACAUCACCUGUUCCUCACCACCGGGGACUACUCAUGCUGUGGCGCGCGUCUGAAGGUGAACCCGCCGAUCCGACCACCGCAGCACCACGAGGCGCUCUGGGCCGGGCUGCUGGACGGAACCGUAGACUGCAUCAGCACUGACCACGCGCCGCAUACAAUUGCCGAGAAGGACCACUGUGGCGCCGCAGCGCAGCCGCCAAGCGGAAUGCCCAGCAUAGAGGUUGUGGUUCCCCUUCUGCUGACCGUGGUAGCGGGCCAAUGGCCGCACCCGACGGCGCCGAAGCCGUCCACGCUCGCAGCGGCGGAGCAGCAGGGGCGUCCGCUGGUGGUGGACGACGUUGUGCGCCUUCUGCACACUAAUCCGAAUCGCAUAUUUCAGCUACGCCAGCCCCACACACCGGACCGCAUCUUCGACCUCCAGUGCGAGUGGACUGUCCACGGCAAAGACCUGCAUUCCAGAUGCCAGUGGUCCCCAUACGAGGGUUGGCGACUGCGCGGCCGGGCUAUGGCGAAAGAAUAA